AUGGGUAAUCGUAUACUCCAGUCUCAUCCAGAAGAGGAAGAGAAUAGGUUGGUCCAGCAGGAAGAGUCCGAGUUUGAUUCGGAAGAGGAAGACGAAGAGGAGGACUUAGAGGAUCCCUCUGGUCUGACCGCCAUGAGCCAGCUUCACGUAUCCGCUCCGGAUCACCAAAAUACGCAAGAGGCACUCAUAGAACGGAUUCAAAGGCGGCAAGAGGAAGAGCGAAAAUAUAUGGAAAUGACACAAAAAGAGGCACUUCUGCGGGAUGAUCCCGGGUACAUGUCAUCUCCUCCUGGUGGCAAUCAUCAUCCUCGCAACGGUAGUAAGUCUACGACGCCGUCUCCAUCGAGUCCGCCGCCGCAGCAAUACCUGUAUGCCGCACACCCUUUCGCCUCUAUGUUCAAUCCUACGCUCAAUCCUCAGAUGGCCGCCGCGGCACAGGCUGUGGCAGCGGCGGCCAUGGCCUCUGCUGCCCACCACAUGCCUCAACAGUCCUCCCAUCACUUGAGCGGUGGCUCUUCAACGGGAUCAGCAACGCCCCCAAAUAAUGGAAUCAGUCUAUCCUCUCCCCGAGGGGGAAGUGACCAGGACCAGUCCAAAUAUACUUUUGAAGAACAGUUCAAACAAGUUCUCGCUGGUGUAUCGCGACAGUCGCAGCAAAACAGUGAUGACAGAUUAUUCAGUCCGGAUGACGCUUCACACAAGAAGUUAUAUGAAAUCAGCGAUGAUCCUGGAAGGAAAGAGUUUCUAGAUGAUCUAUUCAAUUAUAUGCAAAAAAGAGGUACACCAGUCAACCGCAUACCAAUCAUGGCUAAACAAGUGCUUGAUUUAUAUGAACUAUACAGGCUAGUUGUAGCUCGUGGUGGUCUAGUCGAAGUCAUAAACAAAAAAAUAUGGCGAGAAAUCACAAAGGGUCUCAACUUGCCUUCCUCCAUUACAAGUGCGGCCUUUACUCUACGAACGCAAUAUAUGAAGUACUUAUAUGCUUAUGAGUGUGACAAAGAAAAACUGAGCACUCAAGAUGAGCUACAAGCAGCUAUAGAUGGCAAUCGCCGAGAGGGACGACGUGCAGGCUACAGCCCUUACGGAGAGUUGGUCCCUGGUCCCCCAAGGAACUCUCAUCACCAGCCUCUACCUUCACACACCUCACCUAUGAGUCUGGUGUCACGGCACAUGAACGGACAUGGUCCGAACCCAGGACUUACAUCUAACAGAGGCACGUCGUCACCUCUACCACUCUCCUAUUACACACCACCACCUCAACAUAACAGCACGUCACAAAUGCCUCUCAAUUUGGCACCCCCUCAAGAAAACGGCAUUUACAAUAGCAAUCAUGCACUUUCAUCAGGCAUACAGACUCCCAUAAAAGAAUUGGCAGCUAUGAUAAAACGCGAUGAGGAAAAUUGCAAUAGCGUCCCGUCCACACCUAAUCCCAUGGCUAUGCCCCAGCAAGAGGCCCUGAAUCUGGAAACGCGGAAUUCAGAUCGGCGGGACCACAAACCUUUGAACAUGGCUUCUCGUAAGCCUCACCUGAAUGAUGAAACACCUCAUCCAAAGAGGCUGAAGAUGGAAGAUGACAGGCUUCCACCAAAAUCACUAAAUAUGCCCAGCACAAAUAUUAGAAUCACUAGCAGCUCACAUCCUGACGGAAGAUCUUUAGAAGAUGGAUCCCUGAUGGUUAGCAUGGAAGUGAAUGGCACUUUGUACCAAGGCGUACUAUAUGCUCAUAAAUUCUCCAAUAAACGCCAUUAGCGGACAAAUCGCCUGAAAAAGACCCCUUGUGCCUUUUUGUAUACUAAAACACAAACAUAAGAAAAACUUGUUUUGGCUUUGAACCAAAUGUUAAUUUAUGUGUUGUGUUCAAAACUAGUGAUAUUCUAGACUUUCAAAGAAGCAGCUUUUUUGCCAAACUACACCUGAAUCUUUUUUCCUUCGACUGAAGAUUACUUCAGAAUAGUCUUUCUUGUCCCCUGCUUCGCUAUUGUUUUGGACGACUUCUACAAAAUCAACCAAAAAAAAUUUCUGAACUCUUAAUGACUUAAGCUGUACAGUUUCUGAUCAAACACUGGCUGUCACCACAACCACAGACACUUAUGUAAAGUGACUCUAAUUCUCAUAAUCAAAUGUACAUUGUGAACAAGCGUCAAUCUCUUUUUCUUCUUUUUUUUUUUUCGUUCUUGUUUUUAAAGUUUUCGUGUCUAUUGUUGGAGCAUAUAAGCUGUGACUUAACCUUUAAUUGUGAUUAUGUAGAAUAAUGUAAAUAAGAAGUUUCUUAAUUCUGACUUUUUAACAAUGCUUUUAAAUUGUUAUCUCUUUGGAUUUUAUGAUGCCAUUUUUAUUUUGAAUACUUAUUUCGAUUUGAGUAUAAACGUAACUUAGUGCUUUUAGCUUUAUUUCAUGUUUUAAAUUCUACAAAUAGACUGUAUUCCACUCAUAUCUUGUCAUUUAAAAAAAAUUUUUUUUUAGCCUGGCUGAAUUUAAAUACAAAUUGUCAUUUUGUUUUAAUUUUUCCAUUAUGUCUUCCAAUCAAAUAACGAAUUAGGUUUGUUUUCAUUUCGAUUACAUCAGUAUUCAUUGUUAUUAGGGUUGCUUAUUUACAUGAAUUUAAUUCAUAACGAUUGGGAAGUAAAAUGCAUAAAUAUCAAUGGUAAAACAGGUACUUUACGUGCGAUAUUUGAAUUAUUUUUCAAUAAUGUUUAUAUUUUUAAUACGCAAUUAAGUCAUUGAAAGUUUGUUGAUCAGUAGUUAAAGUUUUAUUAUUUCGUUUAAUGUUUAAAUUUUCAUGAUUUUUUCUUAGUUUAAAAAAUGGAUCAAGUAUGAAAUUUAGAAAUUUUCAUUUUCGAAUUUUAACGAUAUUGUAAUUUAUGAAGAUAGUAAUUUUUAUGAAAUUUUAAUAUAAAAAUAAUUAUUGACAUCUAAAUUUCCUAAUGAAAUUAAUUUAUAAAUGUUAAUAUAAGAAAAAAGUUUAGUUGAAACAUUUUAGGAACAAUUACAGUAACUUUUUUUUUUUAAAUUUUGUGAUAGAAAUGUAAGCGUUCAUAAUUUUUUUUUUGUAAGGAAAUUAUUUUUCUUUUAAAUUUCCUUCAAAUUUUCCCUUCUCUGCAUUUCUAAUUUACUGUAUUUUAAAAUAUGGUUUAGUUUCUUUAGGUAUAUUCUAGCUUAAUGUUCUAAAAGAAAUUUUGAACUAUGCGUUUAUUUACCAAGCUUUUAUUUCUGAUUUUAUCUAUAAAAAAAAAGUUAAAAAGUUUGAAUUUUCUCUUUUUUUUUCUUUGAGGUUUUUAAGCUGCUUCCAGAGAGCAUUUUUUUAAUUUAAGGUGUUAAUUUUAAUGGGUAAUUACAUUAUCCAAUGAGUUCCUGGCUUUAGUAUUUAUUUUGUUGUUUUGUGUUUUUUUGACUCAAAUUGUCUGCGUGAUUUGUGUGCAUUAAGAGUAUGAAUUAUGGUUAUAAAAAUUCACGUAAGAGAAAGUUGUACAGUAUCUCAGGGAGCAAGCGUGAAAUUUUUGUGUUUAUGAUUCAACAGUGUUAUGUGACAUAUUGAUGUUGUACAUUUUUUUCUUUAAAAUGCUUGUAUUAGUUUUGUUUCACUAUUCAUGCAGGCUAUUUUACCAUUUGUAUUUGUUUUUGUUUUGUUAAUCAUUAUUUAUUUGAAUAUUUUGAGUUUGCUAAGCAACUUGAAACAAAUUUAAAAAUUAUACACUUCUUAUUAAGAGAUGGAAGCAAUGACUUAAAACCACAGGCUGCAUUAUAGAGAAAAAUAAAAAAAAUUUUUACUAUUUUUUUUUAAAUUUAAAGGCAAUACUAAAUGUGGUUGUCAAAGCUGCCAACUCUUCCCCUCCCCCUUUUUUUUUCAGUAGACUACUCAAUUUGUACAUUUUAGGAAACUCCCUAUCAGAAAGUUUCAGAGAAAAUAAUCUCAAUCUUGAUUGACAUUUUAUUUAAUUUAAUGCUGCUAUAAAUAAGUGCUACUUCUAAAUAAAGAAGUAAACCUCAUUUAAGCAAUCAAUUUGAAGCUUUUCAAUUUUUAAAUUGUCUAAAUCUGUCAUUUAGGUUUAUUUCAAACUCUUUAUUUUAAAUUAAUUAUUAUAACUAAACUGAUAUGAAUUAAAUAUCUAUUAAAUAUAUUGCAACUUUCUUUUCUAAUGAAAAUUAAGUUGUUUAUAAAGGAUUAGGAAAUUUAUAAUAAUUAAGUAUUUCCGAAAUUUUUUUUAAGUCUCUUAGCUAACUCAAAGUAAUGUGACACAAAGGCACUUAUUGAGAGACUUUACAGUAUGUACCAUAUUUUCUUGUGUAUUUAUUCACACUUGUUUGGAAAUGAAAAGCACAUUAUUAUGCGUAACAAAAAAAUUAUUCUCAGAAAACUUACUUUUGAAUUUUGAUCCUUUCAAGGGCAGUGGGACCUUACUUCCAGUUUUUAUUUUAUAAUUCCCCUUAACGUUUGAAAUUGUGCAGGUUAAUCCAUCACAUUCUGCAACUCAGACUUCUUAAAAAUGAACCAUUUAACCUUUUAGCCAUCUUUCACGAGAAAUAAUGUAUGAACCAGAUGCACUUAAAUACCGUAAGGAGUAACACGUGAUGUACUAGCCGUAAUGUAAAAAUAUUUCGUGCGAAUGUUCAGGAAAUUGCAUACUAUCCCUAAGUAUUCCGUAAGUAUACUUCUAUGAGUAUUUCUUAGAGAGCUUUCCAAUUCAAAAUGAAAUGGCUAAAUUCACGAAUAAAGAAUUUCGUUUCGCUGAUAACUGUUCUCAACGUUUAUAUAACAGUUAUUUUUUUGAAAACCGUAAUAGUGCUUCAUUUUUAAAAAAUGCUUACAAAAAGAACAAAUUCAUACCUUUAAAUUUUCACAUUAAAUACUUUCAAAAAAAUUAGAAAUCUUCAUUUGUUUUAGCAAAAGAAGCUUGAUUAUUUAGGGUUACUUAGUCGGAAGAAAUUGGGAACAGCUGGUCUAUGCAGACUGCUCGUUACGAAACCAUAUAGAGGAAACAGUUAACAGAAUCCGUCUGAUCAUAUAAAUAUAGUUUCUAUAACCCUGGAGUGUUAUAGAAUCAAUAUUUGAACCAACCUUCAUUUAUUACCUGCAACAUACUUUUAUUGUCUGACUCUAGACUCAGCUAAUGCUAUAGUGCAAAGAAAUAUAGAUAUAUUUUUUAUAGAAUGUAUGUCCCUGCACCGUAGAGAGGAAUCUAAUAUUUUCAAAGAUAAAAUUUGAUCAAUAAGUAUCAAAUAAUCUGAAGCUAUCAAAUUUUUUUUCUAUACCUAACUUAUCUAAUUUUAUUGCAACCUCUGUAAUUUCUCUCUGCAUUUACGGAGAAGCAGUCUUUUAAUAUUUUUAUUUUCAUACUUAAUUUCACUUUUUCUUGCAUAAAAAUUAGUUUGCAUUAUAUAUGAACUUACAGAUUUGCGAAUUAUUUGCUAAUAAAACUUAUAAAUUGAACCGUUUUAAAAAGUUUCCAUGCGGAAUUAUUGUUUACCUCAUUAUUGUUAGAAACAGCUAUAAGGAAUUAAAAUAUAACAGCAGCUGAAAAAUGGAUGGCUAAUUUCGCAGUUGUGUAAUUGUUGUAAUCUAGCACAGUUGCUUUCUAACCUAGCACUUUAGCAAAGUUAGUAUUCAAUUUGCUAGCAUAACGAGCAAAUAAUACUAUAUAUAUAUUUUUUUUAAAAUUCAGAUUAUAGAGUGAAAAUGAGUAAUAUGUUCAAUAAACUACCGGAUAAAUAACCACAUUCCGGCGUACGGGCAUGUUAAAGUCCUACUACACUCCUACACUUAGCUAAUAAUAUUAGUUAUUCUUUAUUCCGAGAACACAAUGAGUGUGUAUAACAAAUUCUGGUUAUUUAAAAUUAAGCUCAACAUUUUAUCCAAUGUAAUCUAAUGACAAAAUAUCCGAUACAAAAUCUAUUUUGCCUUUGAAAGGAUUAAAAACAUUGGUUGGAGAAAUACUAAAAAUAAUAAAUUAUGAUUAAAUUUAAAAUAAUUUUUUUUCUAUGUACAUUGAAUGAAAGAUUUUGUCUUUGUAAUUGUAAUCUGUACGAUUUCAUUGUUACGACAGAUGUAAGGCUAUCCUGUUUGAGAAGAAUAUUUUAAAGACAUUGCAACUUCUGUGCAUCAGAAAUUAAGUGAUUUGUGUGUAAUAUUUUUCAGAAUGAUUUUUAGAUAUUUUUGAGCUUAAUUCAUGGUCCUUAUGCAAGGGGCAUUCUGUGUUAAAUUGAUUUAAUUUUGUUCUUCGAGCACGAUUUUUUUUUUCUUGUAUAAAAUAUGUGUUUGAAUGUAUUCAGUGGCUGAAUUUUAU